AGAUUCCCUGUUUCUCACUUCGCCUCCCGAACCACUCCGAGCAUCAAAACUGGGGACAGUUUCUCCUCUGAAAGCUGGGAUCGGACUGGCUGUGGACAAGGCCCUCAGCAGAGUCAGCGUCCUCGGGGAUCUGGACGAACGUGGUGUGGAAUCUGCGGCGAGGAAUCGUGGAGCGUGGGAAGCCUGCCGCUCCGAAGGUCGGGCCGCGCUGCGUGGCGGGCUCUGACCCGCUGUUGCAGAUACAAACGGUCGGCGCGAGAAACGCGCCCCGCGCGAGGGUGCGGCUGCCCGUAUUUGUUGCUGGCGGCUGGGCUGGUUGCAUAGGAACCCCUCCACACCCCUCCCUUUCGGAGUCCGCUUCUUGGCUCCGCGGCUGCUGGGGGAGCCUCGAGGAGCUGGCGAGGCAGCCCCUUAGACUGGGCUGAGUUCUCCUCUCUCUGAUGCCGGGGCCGAGGCCCCGAGUGUGAGCGAUGACCAGAUCCAAGCUGUACUUGUAUCUUACUCUUCUUCAAAAUAUUGAUUCCGCUGGUACUGAAGAUGAUGUGUUCCAGGGACAUACUUUGUGGUCAGAAAUUCCAUUACCAGAGGUGAAAUAUUAGAUUAUUUCAAAAUCUGGAGCUGAAUGUAAUGUUAAAUAAUGGCAACAGGCGACUUGAAGAGAAGCUUACGGAACCUAGAACAAAUGCUUCGCUCACUAAAUUAUCCUCAAGAAGUGGAUUGUGUAGGUUUGAUUAAGGGAGAUUUAGCAGCAUCUUUGCCCAUCAUCAGCUAUUCUCUUACCUCAUAUUCCCCUUAUGUAGCAGAACUUCUGAUGGAAUCCAAUGUAGAGCUCAUAGCGAAGAAUGACUUGCGCUUUAUAGAUACCGUCUAUAAGCUUCUUCGUGAUCAAUUUAAUUAUAAACCAAUCUUGACGAAAAAGCAGUUUCUCCAAUGUGGAUUUGCAGAAUGGAAAAUCCAAAUUAUUUGUGAUAUUUUGAAUUGUGUGAUGAAAAAGCACAAAGAGUUGAGUGGUCUUGAUAAGACUUCCUCACUACAAAGAAAGAAAGUCAAUUUUGUUAAGUCAGAACCUUGUUCAAGCAGCGAGAAGUCAUCUGCAGAAUCUGUUGGCGUUGAUAUCACUGGCAGGUUCAUGGCUUCAGGAAAGAAGAAAGCUGUGGUGAUCCGUCACCUCUACAAUGAAGAUGGUGUGAGCAUUUCUGACAGUACAUUAAGUACAAUGACAGAUGUGAGUGAAGCAUGUGCUGUGAGUGACUUAAAGGAUACUGAAAUAAAGACUCCUGAAGAAAAGAUCCCUGAAAUCAAGUCUGAGCAACAAGAUAUAAAAGCUAAUCCUGAGCUUACUGUACUACAGACUCUGCUUGCUGAAUGCCAAGAAAAGCUUAAGAAACUGACUCAGAUAGAGUGCAGAUUAAAUUCUUUAGAAGAAAAAAUGAAAGGAAAAGUGAUGGUAGAUGAAAAAACCUGGACCAAUCUAAUAAGUCGUGUCACUCUUCUUGAAACAGAAUUGCUUUUGUCCAAAAAGAAUGAUAACUAUUUUUACUAUGAUGAAAUGAAUGAAGACUGUGCUUCUGGUAGUAGCAGGAAUAUUCUGAAACUUGAUAACAGAUGCAAAGAGAAGGAAGUAGGUAUUCCUCUGACUUCCUGUUAUAGAACAACAUCUAGAGACUCAACUCCCAGAACCUCAACUCUUAAUUACUGUGGUCUGAAAGAAAUUUCAGAGGAAACAACAAUCCAGAAAAUGGAAAGGAUGAAAAAAAUGUUUGAAGAAACUGCAGAGUUACUGAAAGGUUCAAAUCACUCACUAUAGAAUUUUUCUACAUGAACUUUUCCAGGACUUUGGCUACUGUAUAUGUUGUAUAUUUUAAGAAUUCCCUAUAAAUUUUAAUAUACUGCAGUAUUUUUGUUAAGAAUUUUAAUUCCAUUUGGUAUAUGAGCUUUUUCAUGCAAUAUUGAAUAAAUACUUAAAUAUUUUUGUGGUA